CUUUUGCACUCGCAGGUUGCCGCCACCACGUUAGCCGCAACCGCCACGCUGCCGGAGACGCGCUCGCAUCUGCCAACGAACGACUGCUGCAUCAUGGUGGGAGGAAUCGUAAUGGAUGUAAGCACAAGUUGGUCCGACGACGAACGGUCCAAGUUCAUCUUGGGGCUGCAACAGUUCGGAUCCGACUGGAACCGCAUUGCCCGCGUCGUUGAUUCGAAAUCAGUCCAAGAAGUGUACGAGUACGCAUCGUUGCAUUACAAGACGAUGAUGACCGGCAAAGACCUGCGCAGCUUAGAAUCUAUGCAAUCGGGUGUCUCGCUCCUGUCGGAACAAUUGAAGUCACCAGGGGUCAAACGCCUGGGCGGUGUUACGGGUUCAGCGCUCGUGUCACUCCUUCCAAAAAGCAACACAGACACCGGACCCGUCGAAUUGGACAGUGGUGGUGCUGUCAAAUGCUGCAACAACGAAGGGACUGUGGAGCAAUCGGCGAAGAAAGAUAAUUCUGCAACCCACGAACUCAACACAACGGGUAACACACCAUCGUUUGCUGCGAUUUCCAAGCCUGUUACUCGGACGUCCAUCUCCACAAAAGUCGUUGCAACGCCCCCAAAUGCACUUCCUUCAAAUCGCACACGCUUCGAGGACAAGAUCAAGGACUUGUCGGACGCUGACAUCAAGCUUUUACUUCGAAAGCGCCUGUUGGAGAUGCAAGAGCGUCGUCAAGCAUCCAUGCUUAAGAGACAACAGAAUGAAGUGAAUGCCAACCAACAGAUCUCGGCGUUUCAAACUAGGCACGGCGCUGCCGACCUGCGUGAUGGCCAAAUCUCGUCCACAUCCACACCUGCUCAAGUACCUUUGUCCAAGAAGCGCAAGCAGUCAGCAACGUCGUCGUCAUCGACAACCGAUUUCUUUGCCGGCGUGAAUGCUUUGGCGAUGGUGUCGUGCGAAGCCCUGCAACGAUUUAACCUCAAGUACAUGCGUCGCGGCGGCGCCACCCCAGACAGCACCGACCUGCCGUCAGACUCCGACGGCCCUUCAGACACGGACCUUCUGCCCCGCCAGAGGCUGCUGCAAACCCCGGCGUCGCACCAGUGCUCGGUGCCGUGGGACUUUUCCAUUGCCCCCAAACAGGACGCCGACAAGUUGGACACUGCCAAGCGUGCCAAGUGGAGCGAUGACGAGCAUCGGCAGCUCCUGACGGGGGUCGAGAUGCGGACGAAGGUUCCGGAACAUCCCCCGUCCAAGUCGUAUGCACAUUUCCCCAAGACGGAAAAAAGCAAUGCACGUGGGGACGUGCUCGAAGUCGCGGGUUUUCUGAGUUCACUCGCCCAAGUGACGUCGCCGACGUCGGAGUCGGCCAGAUUUGAUACCCGAAUGUCCAGUGCUCCGCAUGUCGACGACUUGUGAACACUAUUGGACGCAAGUAUUUAGGGGCUGUGGCGACCCGCACGUGUAAUGACUCAAUGGAGCUGGUGAAACCUGU